AUGGACGACUCGGGCACCAUGUGGGAUGCUCAGCUGCAGAUGCAGAUGGAGGAGAUGCUGAUGGAGGAACAUGCCGUGGAGCAGCAGAAAGCUCUCAGCUCCCGUCCCCCGGAGGACACUGCCUUUCACCAGCGUGUCCAUCGGAGGCUUCUCAAAGCUGAGCUGCCCGAAUACAUCCUGGACCUUGGCUAUGUUGUUCCCGGUGACAUCCACACACACACGGUGAAGAUCACCAACACUGGGCACUUCCCUGCAUCUUUCCGUGUUGAUGGAUAUGUCCUGUAUAACACAGGCUUCAGCGUGUGCCUGGAGCGUGUGAAGCGCCUGCCCUCCUGUGAGAGCAAGACAUUUGAAGUGUGCUUCGACCCACAAAGUGCCAACCUGCCCCUGGGAAAAGUGGAUGUGCUCCUGCCCAUCAAGGUCAGAGGAGGCCCCACAUUCCAGGUCCGCCUCCGUGCCAUGGUGGCUGAGCCGUCCCUCUGCGUGUCCAGGGACAGGCUGGAGUUCUCUGCUGUCCAGUGUGGGCAGUGCCAGGAAGAAACCAUCCAGCUCCACAACACGUUCCAGGUCCCCUGUAAAUGGGCCAUCAGCAUGACUGAUCCUGUUCAGGAGUUUGGGAGUCAGCUUAAAUGA